AUGUAUAUAGUUGAUAGGUUGGCUGCAUUAUUACGAUUGUUAACGAAGAAAUUUCUUAGCUUGAUCCAGGAGGCAAAGGAUGGCACACUUGAUCUGAACAAGACUGCAGAUGUACUGGAGGUUCAAAAGAGGAGAAUUUAUGAUAUUACAAAUGUUCUUGAAGGAAUAGGAUUGAUAGAGAAAACUACAAAGAACCAUAUUCGCUGGAAGGGACAUGAGGCAUUGAGACUAAAAGAGCGGGAUGAUCAAGUUACUAGAUUGAAGGCUGAAGUUGAAAGUUACUGUGCAGAAGAAUGCAGGCUUGAUGAUUGCAUAAGGGAAAAGCUGGAGCAUUUGAGAGCCUUGGAAUGCGAUGAACAUUUUCAGAAGUACCUUUAUUUGACGGAGGAAGAUAUCACGAGCCUUCCUUGUUUCAAGAACCAGACUCUGAUUGCAGUAAAAGCUCCAUAUGCUAGUUGCAUUGCGGUUCCUGAUCCUGACGAGGAUACUGGUUUCGCACAGAGGCAGUUUAAACUUACUGUUAGAAGCACCACGGGGCCAAUAGAUCUGUAUUUAUUGAGCAAAUAUGAAGGCCAAUAUGAUGAUAUGAGCAUCGAGCGAAUUAAAUCAACGGAUUCAUCUGCUUGGAAUAGUGACCGAUAUGAGGCCAAUACCACAGAACUGCCUUCAGAUCAUCAAAAUUUUCAGAGACUACCUGUUGAUGCUUUCAGCUCAAAAGUGUCUGGGAUUCAGAAGAUUGUGCUGUCGGACUCUGAUGUUUGCGAUGAUUAUUGGUUCCAGUCAGAUCAUGAAGUCAGUGCUACAGAUUUGUGGGGUAUUCAAAAUCCUUAAUUGUUAAGUCGGUAAUUGAAUCCUGAAAUGACGUCCUGCAAUGAGAACUAUUGCUUAAUCGGCAUCUCUGUACCAGUAGUUCUGAAAUGGAUUAUCAUGCAGAUGAUUAACUCCAGCAUCAUUCUGGCAUGAGAAAUGCAGCAUCAACUCAGUGACCAGCAUUGCCCAUAGGUGGUGUCCAUAAACAAGAUGAAAACAAGGUAGGUAGCUUUUAAAGAUGACCAGAAGGCUUAUAUUAUACCCCAUUCAUGUUAUGAAGUGUAAAUUUUAUAGCUAGAUGAUUCUUUAAAGUUACAUUAAUAAAAACAAACGAAAAAGUUUCUGAAAUAAGAAUAAAAG